AUGUCCGCCGACUUCUGGGCCGGCUACAUCAGCGGGGCAGCGGGGAUCGUGAUCGGCAACCCCUUUGACGUGAUCAAGGUCCGCCUCCAAGCGGCCCGGGCCCCGUCCCUCGGCCCGGAAUCCGCGGCAGCAGCAACACCCCGGCCCCUGCCCCUGCCCCGCACACCCCUCCUCCCACCAACCCCGCCACACUUAACAACCACCACCACCCUCCCCUCCCUCUCCCACCCCCUCGCCGGCAUCGCCGCCCCAAUCCUCGGCUACGGCGCCCUCAACGCCCUCCUCUUCAUAACCUACAACCGCACCGAAUCCCUCCUCACCCACGCCCUCGGCGGCGGCUCCCCCACCCCCACCCACGGCGGCGGUCUCUCCCCCGCGACCCCGACCGGCGCCCUCGCGACCUGGACCGCCGGCGCCGCAGCCGGCCUCGCGACCUGGGCAGUCAGCACGCCGACCGAGCUGAUCAAGUGCCGCGCCCAGUUGGGCACGCCGUCGCACAGCAGCGCCGCCGUCGCGGCCCGCGUGUGGCGCGCCGAGGGCCUGCGGGGGCUGUACCUCGGCGGGGCCGUCACGGCGCUGCGCGACGCCGUCGGGUACGGCUUCUACUUCUGGAGCUACGCGCUGCUCACGCGGGCGUCGUGGGGGCCCGGCGAUGCGGACCGGGCCCCGGGCGGGUUUGUCGCCGAGGCGGCGCGCGUGCUGGUCGCCGGUGGGCUGUCGGGCAUCGCUACGUGGGUCAGCAUCUACCCGUUGGACGUGAUCAAGACGCGCGUGCAGGCACAGGUGGUCGACGGCCCCGGGGCGCGGGUGGGCGCGUGGGAGGUGUAUCGGCGGGCGCGGCGGGAGGGCAGGGGGGUGCUCUUCAGGGGGUUGCCGGUCUGCUGUCUGAGGGCGUUUGUGGUCAACGCUGUGCAGUGGGGCGUCUAUGAGAUGGUCAUGUACGAGCUGGGACAGGGGAAGUGGAGGGGGGCUGCAGAUGAUGGAGGGUUGUAG